AUGUUUCUUCAGCCACCAAAUGGCUUCCCGGAUUCAUCAAUCAAGCUUCAUCCGCACGAAAUGCCAUACUUUGUAAGCGUAAACUCUCAACCAUUUGGCAAUGAUAUGACGCUUCGGUUUAGAGAAAUGGAAGGGCCGUUUGCCGACUUCCUAGAAAGAAAUUUCGGGAAGCCAGUACUCCUUGCAGGUCCGGUUAUACCGGAGCCUCCCAUGAGUAGUUUUAGCUUAGAAGAGAAAUGGGAUAAAUUCCUAGGCCAGUUUAAGGCUGGCUCGGUUAUUUACUGUGCCUUUGGAAGUGAGAACAUCUUGAAGAAAGGACAAUUCCAAGAGUUGCUUUUGGGUUUUGAGCUUUCCGGGUUGCCCUUUUUUGCAGUGCUGAAACCGCCUUUUGGGACCGAGACUGUUGAAGAAGCAUUGCCAGAUGGGUUUGCAGGCAGAGUUGUAGGAAGAGGUGUGGUUCAUAGUGGGUGGAUUCAGCAACAGCUGAUAUUGGAGCAUCCAUCUGUUGGGUGUUAUGUCACACGUUGUGGUAGCGGUUCUUUACGCGAGAAAGUGUGUAAAGCAAUCAAGACAGUGAUGGAAGAAAAUUAUAGUGAAUCUUCAUAUGUUGAUGAUCUCAGUCAGAAGCUUCAAGUUUUAGUCAAUUGA